UGUGUGUGUGUACUAUCUUUGGAUGGUGAAAAAGAAACGGCAGCCAGAUUCAGACCCCAACCAGAAAGGAUAAUCACAGCACCGGCAUGUUCGCGUUUGUUCCAAGAGCGCAUUUUUGGAGAGCUCUCUCCAGCCCGAGUCCGUGAUGUUUGCCAGCUCUGGCAGAGAGUUCGCUUUGGGAUACAUAGACGAUGGCUCGUCACCUGCCACCAGCUCCACGAUUGAGGCGUCAUACUAUUUCUCGAGCAACAGCACCAGUCCGACACCGGCCCGACUCCUCAACGGUUCCGCCGGAACGUGCAAGGGGGAGCCCCUCGAAUUUGGCACGGCGGAGAAGGUGAUUAUCGGGGUGCUUCUGACGGUUAUCACAGUGGUGACGGUAAUGGGGAACACUCUGGUUGUGAUAGCAAUCUGCGUGGUGAAGAAGCUCAGGCAGCCGUCCAACUACCUGCUCGUGUCCCUAGCCGUGGCGGAUCUGUCGGUGGCCGUCGCCGUCAUGCCCUUUAUGAUAGUUACCGAUCUCACAGGAGGACACUGGCUCUUCGGGGAGGUUUUCUGUAACAUCUUCAUCGCCAUGGAUGUAAUGUGUUGCACUGCUUCGAUCAUGACCCUGUGCGUCAUAAGCGUGGACAGGUACCUGGGCAUCACCCGACCCCUCACCUACCCGGCCAGGCAGAACGGGCAGCUGAUGGCGAAGAUGAUCGCGGGGGUGUGGCUGGUGUCGGCUUCCAUCUCCUUCCCUCCCUUCUGCGGCUGGGCUCAAAACAUCAACAAAGGCGGGGUGUGCCUGAUCAGCCAGGACUUCGGCUACACCAUCUACUCCACGGCCGUGGCUUUCUACAUCCCCAUGGCCGUUAUGCUCAUCAUGUACUACAAGAUCUUUCGCGCGGCACGCAAGAGCGCUGCCAAGCACCGCUUCUCCGGCUUCCCUCGAAGGAACGACCUGGAGACGGUGACCCAAGAGGGUCUCAAGAUGCAGGGCUUGAAACCCCCAGGGGGGGCCGAGGAGUGCGGCAUCCUGGCCCGCUUCCUGGGCCGCGAACGGAAGAACAUUUCCAUCUUCAAGAGGGAGCAGAAGGCAGCCACCACCCUGGGGGUCAUAGUUGGGAUCUUCUCAAUCUGUUGGCUGCCCUUUUUCAUCCUCACCACCGCUAGGCCCUUCAUCUGCGGGGUGCUGUGCAGCUGUGUCCCGAUCUGGCUGGAACGCAUGCUGCUGUGGUUUGGUUACACCAACUCUUUGAUGAACCCUUUCAUCUACGCCUUCUUCAACCGGGGCUUGAGAUCCACCUACAAGGACCUCCUGCUUUGCCGCUAUCGAAACAUCAACCGCAGACUGUCGGCAGUCGGGGUGCACGAGGCGUUGAAAGUUUGACGACUUUAAAUUGAGAGUUGGGGGAACAUCCUGGCCACCCUGCUAUUUUUUGGGAAAGUUGUACGGGAGGUAUCUUUUUCCAAAAGAUCCUGGGAAAUCAAACGGAACAGAGAAAUUUCAGCCCGGAAUGGACAAAAUGUGGAUUUUGGUUGGUGAUUGAAUUUAGGGUUCAUCAGUUGCCCCUACUUUUUUUUUUUUUGCUGUGCCUGAUAUCAGGUAUGCUUUUAAUAUGAGAUGAAAAAUCCCUUAAAAUGUAUUUUUCCAUUGACUUGCUCCUGGAAAAAAACAUCCCUUAAUUCAAAGAUACCUUCAAAAUCAUGCAGACUGGCGAUCCCUAAUUGAAAGUAUUGUUUUGUUUUUAGAAUUAAGGUGAAAAUUGUGGAAAGAGAAGCACUAU